CACCAAAUAAUUUCACUUUCAAUGCUCGCGGCGGCUAUCGCUGUCGGCUCUACCCUCCAAGCUGUGAGCGCGAAAAGCUUCCCGCCCCUUGGCCCCGUUCUUCCUGCUCCCCGAUUUCCCAGCAAAGGUGAUCUCGUGAAGGAGGUCGUUGAAGGCUUAAGAGCUCAGUUAGAUCAGACUUUGGGGGUAUCAAUCAAUGCCAGUGGAAUUUCCAUUGGUGUCAAGUCGAUCCAUGAGAAGGAUGAUAUUUUCAGCUACCAUUUCACGCCUUCUGUCAUGACCGACAUUGGCACAGACAAUAUUGACGAGAACACAAUCUACCGCGUCGGCAGUGUAUCGAAGUUAUUUCCAGCCGUAAUUGCUCUUCAACUCGGAAUUGACUUGGAUGCUUCAGUGCUCGAGUUUUUGCCAGAACUGGGUGAAAACUCUGAUGGAGAUGUUAUAGAGACGAUUCAAUGGAAGGAUAUCUCGGCCGGGUCGUUGAUGUCUCACUUAUCCGGUCUCCCGACAGAGACAUCAAUGGAUUUGACAAUAUUGGUCGACUAUCCUUGGACGAAAAAAGGGCUUCCCAAAGUCCCCCGAGACGAGGCUGCCAAGUGUUCUGGGCUUUACGAUACCAAACCCUGCGGAACCGCAGAACUCAUCGACGCCCUCAAGCGUAGCCAUUCUGUCUGGCUUCUCAACUCUUCACCAGUCUACUACAAUACGGGAUUUGCUGUACUGGCUUUGGUCAUCGAAGCCGUCACUGUUGAGAAGUUUGAGGAUCUUGUCCAGGAGCGGAUUUUCGACGUCUUAGAAAUGGAUAGCACCUCCUUCUCGGGACCCGUUGAAGCAUUCAACACUCAUGGUUUCGUCCCCGUGACAGAUGACACUUGGAACAUCACCCUCGGAGUCGACGAACCAGACAUUCUCGCCUUUAUGGAGGCAGUUGCAUCGAAUAUCCUCUUGUCACCAGUCGAAACUCGAAAAUGGUUGAAACGCCAGUCCAACACAACAUCACUCAGUCAAUCUGUCGGCAGUCCAUGGGAGAUCCUUCGCUCCGAUACUCUUACCUCAGACAAGCGUGUCGUUGAUGUGUACACCAAAUCUGGGGCUCUGGGAUUAUAUAAUGCUCUUGUUGGCAUCAUUCCCGAUUAUGAUAUCAUUUUCUCCGUCAUGGCUGGCGGCCCUGAGGUGUAUUUGAACCCGUUCUCUCUGUCACAGUUGGCUAGCACUGUUAUCACAAAUCUUGUCCCAGCUAUCGAGGAGGCUGGCAGGGUCGAAGCAUCGAUAUCCGCAGCGGGCAUAUAUAUCGACAAAACUACGAAAUCUACCCUUGAACUUGAACUUGGUGAUGGCCCUGGUCUCCGUGUCAAGCGUCUCAACAUGCGUGGUUAUAAUGCUUUAAGCGAUAUUUCCAGCUACAGCCUGCAAGCUGCGGCUAUGGAACUCAGCUCUGGCAUUGACAUCCUAGAAGUUCCCGUCAUUGUUCGACUGUAUCCAACAGAUAUAACCAACGAGCAUGGUAAUACUGGAAAUAGUACAGCUGAGAUAUUAUGGUGA